AUGAUGAAGGGAGCACUGCUAGUGCUGACCCUGCUGGUGACCAGAGAGCUGACCUUCAACAUGCCUGAGGCCUGCCCCGUGUUUUAUGGUGGAGUUGCCUCACUGUUACUUGGAAGCAAAACAUUGUUGAACUCAACACUCGAUUUGGUUGAUAGUACUGAUGAGGAAAAGGCAGCCUUUGGAAAAAUCCAGGAUUGCUUCAAUGAGGAGGGAUUUGAUGCCAAGCUGCAUAUUUCACAAAUUGUGGUUUCCAUCAUCUUCGACAAGGAUUGCACCGGCUAUCAAGUGUCCACGGUUCUGAGUACUGUUUUUGGAAUAAUUCUCAGUGCGGUCUCUUUGGUGAAAUAG